AUGUUCCUAUCCAGCUUCUUGUAUGAUAUUGAGUAUCGAAAUACUCAUCAUCAUAGUAAUGCAGAUGCACUAUCACGUCUGCCACUCGAGGAUAAUCAGCCAGUGGACAUUAUAGUGGAAGAGGAAGUUAAAACCAUUAUAGAGGAACAUCCAAUAUCUUCAAGCUCAGUAAAGCUGAAAACUAGUCGUGAUUGUCAAGUUAUUCGUUUCAUCAAAAAUGGAUGGCCCAAUAAGCAGUCUCAGUUAUCAGAUAAAUUGAAAUCUUACUUCAUUCAUCGAGAGGAACUGACAGUGGAACAAGGAAUGGUUAUGUGGGGCAUACGAGUUGUUGUUCCUGAAUCGUUACAUCAACAAAUUUUGGAACAAUUACAUGAGACACAUUCUGGAAUUGUCCGAAUGAAAUCUUUAGCUAGAAGUCAUGUGUGGUGGCCAAGAAUAGAUAGAGACAUAGAUUCACUUGUAAAAUCAUGUGUGUCAUAUGCAGUCAGCCAUGACAAUCUUGCCACAGCAUUGCUUCAUCCCUGGUCAUUUCCUGAAAAAUCAUGGCAACGGUUACACAUAGAUUUAGCAGGCCCUUUUCUUAACAGUAUAUGGUUAAUAAUUGUAGAUGCUUAUAGCAAAUGGCCAGAAGUAUAUAACUUGGGAAAAGAUUCAUCUUCAGCUCAUAUUAUCCAAUGUAUGAGAGAAAGCAUUGCACGUUAUGGUAUUCCGGACACCAUAGUCUCCGAUAAUGGCCCCCAAUUUGUGUCAAAGGAAUUCGAGGAAUUCUGCAAAAAGAACGGUAUUCGCCAUACCAAGUCAAGCGCCUACUAUCCUCGAAGUAAUGGGGAAGCUGAACGAUUUGUUCGAACGUUCAAAAAUGGCAUGAAACGAAGUAAUCAUGCACAAAAGGAUAACUUGGAAUUGUGCAAUUUCUUGUUUAAUUAUCGGACCACAGUUCAUGUAACUACUGGCGUUGCUCCAGCUGAACUUAUGAUGAAAAGGCAAUUGAAAUGUCGUUUAGAUCUUCUUCAUCCCAAUGUAGACUCCAUUGUCAGGAACAAGCAAGAAAAGCAGCAGCAGCAAUUUAACAAAAAUGUUCCUGUUCGUCAAUAUAAUAUCGGAGAUAAAAAAUUACCACAAACCGACUCAAGUGAAAUCAUCAUCAACCCAGAAGAAUUGUUUAAUUCAUCGAAGCUAGAAGAUGUUAUCGGGUCAAAUUCAGAGCCAAGGUCCACUUCCAGUGAAACAACAGAGAUGUCUCAGCGUCCUAAACGUAAAACCCGACCCCCUGAUCGUUUAGAAUAUACAAGUUUCAAAUAA